CACGCGAAUGUUCAGUUGUGUAAACGAGAGUGAGUAUGUUGUAGCAGUCAUAAAUUGACGCUGAUAACGAACACGAUUGUUUAUUGUAGUCGACAGCGAACUCCUUUUUCGAUUAAUUUAGUGCUUUAAUUCCUUUAAUUCGCGUCGUAACGAACGUUUAUAAAGUGACGUAGACUUCCUAGUAGCCAUUUUGAAAAAAAACUGUAACAAUGUCUAAGCAAGGAAAUUUUACAGAUUCGACUGCAACAGCCAACGAAAAAAAGGCUGUUUAUUACGAAUCGUCGACGGUGGAUAGUGGUUUUUUGUCAGGCGAAAUAUCCGAAGAAAUUAGUGAUAUCGGAUUUAACGAAAAACAAAAACCAAUAAACACUCAAGAUUCCAUUACAGAAGAAGAAGAAGAAAAGAAAGUUAGACCCAUGCUUUUAGACAGUGGCGUGUAUCUUUCUGACAGUUUUUCCAGAAUAAGUAUAAAAGAAACUGAUUCUGGAACAAACGACCUAAAUAAUCCCAAAAGAUCUCAAACACCUGUUGAUUCUUCUACGAAGAGUAAGCAAAAUCGACCCGCCGAGGAUGUAUCAUGGAAAAUUUAUUACGAACAAGACGAGGAAGGAGAUACACACCUUCACAUAGCGAUCGUCCAAGGUUUCUUGGAAGUAGCAUUAGCUUUAAUCCGCGCAGUGCCUCAUCCGAAACUCUUGGAUACGCCGAAUGAUCACAACCAAACGCCUCUUCAUCUUGCCGUCGAAACUGGACAAUACAAAAUAGCCCGAUGGCUUAUCGUAGCCGGAGCAAAACCUUGUCCUAGGGGUCCCCAAGGAGAAUCACCUUUACAUAUAGCAGCACGAAAAAACGAUCACCGAAGUGUGAGAGCAAUAGCGGAACCAGUUCAAGUUCAAGAAAGGGAACAAUUGGCUCUCAGUUACCAAGCUCAUAUGUGUCAGCCUUGUGACUUUGAUCAAUGGAACUUUUUAGGUCAAACAUGUGUUCAUGUAGCAUCUAUGCACGGACACGUAGAAGUUCUGAGACAUCUGAUAUGGUAUGGAGCCAACGUCAACGCAAGGGAGGGUUGUAUGGGGUUAACAGCACUUCAUUACGGCGUCCGAACUGGUAACGAGGAACUCGUCAAGUUUUUAUUGGAUUGUAAAAAUAUCGACGUCGAAUGUAUCAGUUAUAACGGAAAAGAUGCUUUAGAAUAUAAUCAUCAUUUUGUAUCAUCGAAAAUUCGACAAACGUUAUUGGACAAGGGAUUCUCAUCCCCCUAUUCCAGUGAAGAUGAAUUCGAUUCGGAUGGCGAAGAAGACGAGAUGAUUUACGAGAACACUCAUAUCUUCAGUGCCCAUAUGGUGAACGCUAGUGCUUAACAACUCCAAUAUCUAAUCUAUUAAAAAAUGAGGCAGAAGAGAAAUUUGAAAGGUAGCACAAAAUAACAGGCAGGUACAAGAAAAGAAGAGAGGUAGAAUUGCCAAAUAUUCGAAAAAAAUGUCACGAAAUUUGUACCAGUCCUUACAAUCUUCAUGACAUUGUUCAAUCACACACUUCCAUUAUAUUUAAGUAGUUUUUUCAGUGAUUUUACAGGUAUUGAAUCGUGGACGAGAUAUUUUCCCUUAUCCAAAUUUGAUAUUUCGUAUGAUCACAUUCAAUUUUAAUCAAUUCUCAUAAGAAUUAAGCUCAAAUUAAAUUUGUGUGAUUCACUCACUUUCAAACUACAUAAAAUUUAGUGCUAUUGACUAAAAAAACCAUAUGAACUAUCAAAGUUAACACUAUUUUUUACAGAUUUUAUCUCAAAUAUAAGAAAAAUGUUUAGCAAUUCAAAUUAUCCUAUUUAACACACCAUCUAUAUAUACUUAACGUUAUAUAAAUCCAUGGCUAUGAAAUUUAUUAAUAAUUGAAAUUAUUUAAAGAAUAUCUUUGAUUAACUUUUAUUAUCAGAAAAAUUAAUGGAAAAAUAAUUUUUUCUAGUUAUAAAAGACUGUAAAAUCACUGAAAAUAUUACGUAAUAAUUGAAACUGUUAUUAAAAAGGCAGAUUAAAUUAUUUGAAAGAUUUCGCUACUUAGGAUGGAAACAAACAUCCAGAUUGUACAUAAUUCUUUAUUUAAUUAUUUAAAGGUGUUUUCAUCUUUUGUAGAAGAGAUAUAUGAAGUAAGUUUCGUGAAUUUUUACACGAGUAUAAUUUUAGUAUAGAAAAGAACUGUAAGAAGUAUUAAAUCAGUCUCCGAAAGUGUUAUUAAGACUAAUGAUGAACAGAGUACAGUUUAUAUGUUCUUUUAAUUCGAUUAGUGUAUAUUGUUUUUUCGUCAGCUAGAUCGUCGUUUUUUUUGUUAUAUUUAUUUUCCUAAGUCGCUAUUUAAUUUACAGACAUUUGUAAAUAAUUACACAUAUAUUUUUAGUUAAUUGUAUCCCAAAAAUAUAUAAUUUAUUUUAAAUAUACAUUGUUUUAUUCCAAUAAGCC